AUGUCGGCAGCCUCUUUUGUCAGCAGUUUCGAAGAUGAUGUGGAUCCAGACGAAACAAAUUCACCAGACGACUGGCAAGAUGCAUCACAGAUCAGUCCGCAGCAAGAAGAGCCACAACUUCAUGUCCGAUUUCGAUCCAAUGGACCAGGACAAGAAAUACGGCGUGUUCCGCCAGAUGCAAACCCACAAGAAGAAUGGGAUCAUUCUCAACGGCAGGGGGAAGCUCACAGGCCGACCGCUCCAUAUGCGCACGAAUCGCAAGAUAUCGCCGACAACCCACCGCAAGAUCGUGCUACUGAAUCCGGCCAGCCCCAGGGUGCCCCAGGUCUCGAAAUCAUAGAUCACGCAGCCAAAGCAGAGAAAGAGAAGCAAGAGAAAGAAGAUUCCGAGGGCCCUAAACCGAAAACCCUCAAACAGAGAUGGCGAUAUGCAACACAAACCCUCCGAAUGAAAGCUGGCAUGUUGGGAGAUCGAAUGGGUCGGCCAACUUCGGAGGGCGACGAUCUCUCAUCGGGGAAAUAUAGACCCGACUGGGCAACUGGAGGCGCCGCUGCCUUAUCAGAUUUCACAGACGACAAACACAAGUCGGAUGAAGAAAAGUUGAAACAACAAGCAGCCAGCAGCUCCGAGGCUCACCGUCUUGUGCGAGAUUUGACCCAGGAUCAUUCCCAAAAGCGUCGCAAAGGACGUGGAAGGCCAUAUCCGUAUGCUGGUAGCCACUUUCAAGAGGAAGAAAACCCAACAGGGGCGGAUGCGAGUUUGCGAUAUAGGUCCGGGGGUGGUGGCAUCCUGUCGCAGUUGCUAAAGUUGAAUGGUGGACAGCAACCUGGCCAACAGCGAGAUGCCGGACAGGUGUCUCGGACAUCAACCGAUUUUUCGACUGGAACAUCAACGAGUACAGCAUCCGGGACCCCACAAAAAGGUAAACCACCAAAGUGGUACAAAAGACCCGCAAACACCUCGACGUCGACGUUGAUCGGUGGUGGCGAAGGAGCUUACAGUGGCGCAAGUACUCCUGUUUCCAGUGAAGUCCUAUCAGCAGCCUCCAAGCGACGUGGCCAGGAAGGAGGCGGCGACAAGCCGGGCCCGAACAUGCGACUCGAAGAUGAGAUCCGAGUUACAGUCCACAUCGCUGAGAUCAUCUGUCGCCAGCGAUACAUCAUGCAGCUCUGCCGAUGUUUGAUGACUUUCGGGGCGCCCACUCAUCGACUGGAAGAAUAUAUGCAAAUGACUGCCAAGGUGCUUGAAGUCGACAGCCAGUUUCUGUAUCUCCCAGGUUGCAUGAUCAUGUCAUUCGAUGAUCCAUCUACCCGCACGACAGAAGUGAAACUAGUCCGUGUAAACCAGGGCAUUGAUCUCGCUCGUCUAUCAGACUCUCACCUCAUCUACAAGAAUGUGAUUCAUGAUGUGGUCGGUAUUGAGGAAGCAGUCCAAGAACUGGACGGUAUCAUGCAGAAAGAUCCUCGUUAUCCGAAAUGGAUAAUCGUGCUGGUUUAUGGCGUAGCCACGGCAACUGUCGGACCUUUUGCCUUUAACGCCAGGCCAAUUGACAUGCCAAUAAUUUUCCUCAAUGGUCUUCUCGUCGGACUGAUGCAACAUGUCGCUGCACCUCGGUCUGUACUAUAUGCCAACGUUUUUGAAGUCACAUCCACUGUCGUGACAUCCUUCCUGGCUCGAGCCUUCGGCAGCAUCCCACGUGCUAUCAUAGAUGGCAAGCGAGAAUAUCUCUUCUGUUUUUCCGCCAUUGCACAAGCUUCCAUCGCAUUGAUCCUACCUGGGUUCCUAGUACUCUGUGCUAGUCUCGAACUUCAAUCCCAUCAAAUCAUCGCCGGGUCAAUCCGGAUGGUGUACGCGCUGCUAUUUUCCUUGUUUAUUGGCUAUGGAAUCACCGUUGGUACAACUGUCUACGGCCUAAUAGACAACGGCGCCGUGUCAGAUACAUCAUGUCCUAAAGAUGGGGCUUUCAAGAACCCCUAUGUUCAACGGUUUCCUUUUGUGACCAUUAUGACCGUCUGGCUUUUAAUCAUCAACCAAGGCAAAUGGAAGCAGCUCCCACCAAUGACAAUCAUCGCUUUAUCAGGGUAUAUCAGCAAUUACUUCUGUACGAAGAAGCUCGGAUCCAAUUCGCAAGUUGCGAAUACAGUUGGCGCAUUCACCAUCGGAAUCAUGGGAAAUUUAUACAGUCGCUUCUGGCAUGGCCACGCUGCUACUGCUAUUCUUCCCGGUAUCUUCAUUCUCGUCCCGUCUGGGCUCGCCGCGACGGGAUCCCUCAUUACAGGCGUUCAAUCAGCCGAUGAAAUUCGCAAAAAUAUCUCCCAGCAUGGUGCCGCUAGCUCCGCUCCUGGUGCAGGCCUUUCAUCCAGUAGCUCUGUUUUCAGCUUGGGCUUUGGAAUGAUUCAGGUUGCGAUUGGUAUUACCAUUGGCUUGUUUAUAUCUGCAUUGAUCGUUUAUCCAUAUGGCAAGCCUCGUAGUGGGCUGUUCAGUUUCUAG